AGGUAUGACAUCCAAACGGGGAAGCUGGUGAACGAUGACCUGGGUGUCGCCUACUCGGUCCUGCACGGCGUCCCACAGCUGGUGCCCCUGCUGGGGGAGGUGCUGCCACAGCUGGAGGCAGCAGCACCACCAGAGCAGGGCCAGUCAGAGCAUCAUGUGAUAGACAAGACGCGCACAAGGCAUACAUGA